UGCAUAGAAAUGCAUAGAUAAAUUGUGAUUUACACGACCGGCUGUUGCAAAAGAAGUUAUUGAAUUUGUUUUACUAAUAUGACUGCUUUUGAAGAAUUUGGUGUGUUACCGGAAAUCGCUAAGGCGAUUGACGACAUGGAGUGGACUCUACCCACAGAUGUACAGGCCGAAGCAAUACCUCUCAUUCUGGGAGGUGGUGAUGUUUUGAUGGCUGCUGAAACUGGAUCCGGUAAAACCGGAGCAUUUUGUUUGCCAAUCUUGCAAAUUGUCUGGGAAACAUUGCGCGAUCUUGAAGAGGGGAAAGUUAGCAAGUCUUCAGGUGCGGGUGGUAGUAUUGCACCGUGGACGAUGUCGUUCUUCGAUCGUGGUACAGCGCUUGCAGUGACACCAGAUGGUUUGCGUUGUCAAUCGCGUGAGUUUAAAGAAUGGCACGGAUGUCGGGCAACAACGGGAGUGCGUGGUAAGGGAAAAUUUUACUUUGAAGCCAUCGUCACAGACGAAGGUCUAUGUCGUGUUGGUUGGUCUACGCAACAAGCUAAUCUUGAUCUUGGUACCUGCCGUAACGGUUAUGGAUUUGGCGGUACUGGAAAAAAAUCAAAUAAUCGUCAGUUUGAUGACUAUGGUGAAGCAUUUGGUAAAAACGAUGUAAUCGGUUGCUAUAUGGAUUUACAACAAAUGGAAGUAUCGUUUGCUAAAAAUGGCAAACAUCUUGGAGUAGCAUUCCGAAUACCCGAAAAUCAACGUAAUGAAACAUUUUACCCAGCUGUUGUAUUAAAAAAUGCGGAAAUGCUAUUCAAUUUUGGAAAAACUGAAUUUAAGUAUCCUCCAAAGCAAGGAUUUAUUGCAGUGUCUCAUGCAGCUGUAGGACAAUUUAAGUCGAAUCCACUUGCUUGUCCUACAACCAAUGCUGCCGCUAACAAACCUGCGCCUAACGCACCACAAGCAAUUAUUAUUGAGCCAAGUAGAGAAUUAGCAGAACAAACGUAUAAUCAAAUAGAAAAAUUUGGAGUCCAUUUAAACAACCCAAAAGUGCGUUCACUCCUACUAAUCGGUGGAGUUAAACUGGAGCAGCAAAAAAGUGCUUUACAGCAAGGUGUGCACAUCGUAGUGGGUACACCCGGCCGUCUCGAAGAGAUGAUAAGCAGUGGCUUUGUGCAAUUAACACAUUGCAGAUUUUUUGUAUUGGACGAAGCUGAUGCUCUACUUAAACAAGGGUAUACUGAUUUGAUUGAUCGUUUACAUAAGCAAAUUCCGAAAAUGACAUCCGAUGGUCGACGCUUACAAAUGGUUGUCUGCUCAGCUACGCUACAUGCUUUUGAGGUGAAAAAAAUGGCCGAUCGUUUGAUGCACUUCCCCACUUGGGUAGAUCUUAAAGGCGAAGAUGCAGUACCAGAAACCGUACAUCACGUUGUUUGUAUGGUUGACCCACAAAAGGAUACAACCUGGUAUAAUCUGCGACAACAUAUACGCACUGAUGGUGUGCACAGUCGAGAUAAUGUAAAUCCACAGAAUCACACACCAGAAACAUGGUCAGAGGCAAUUAAAAUCCUUAAGGGCGAAUAUUGUAUAGCUGCCAUUGAGCAGCAUAAAAUGGAUAGAGCUAUAAUAUUUUGCCGCACAAAACUAGAUUGUGACAAUUUGGAAAAUUACUUUAAAUCACGAGGUGGCCAACGUUAUUCGUGUGUUUGUCUACAUGGAGAUCGAAGACCUCAAGAACGGAAACAAAAUUUGGAAAUGUUUAAACGUGAACAAGUGAAAUUUCUUAUUUGCACCGACGUGGCAGCCCGAGGCUUGGACAUAACUGGUUUGCCAUUCAUGAUCAACGUUACUCUACCCGAUGAAAAGUCAAAUUAUGUACACCGUAUUGGUCGAGUGGGACGUGCUGAACGUAUGGGUCUUGCCAUUAGUUUAGUAUCCUCCGUACCUGAAAAGGUUUGGUACCACGGAGAAUGGUGUGCGACAAGGGGUCGCAAUUGUCAAAAUACAAACUUAACAGAUGUGCGAGGUUGCUGCAUUUGGUAUAAUGAAAUGAAUUUGUUAGCAGAUAUUGAGGAUCAUCUCAAUGUGACGAUUCAGCAAGUUGACAAAUCUCUAGCUGUGCCCGUAAAUGAUUUCGAUGGCAAAGUUGUGUAUGGUCAAAAAAAUAUAAACACCGGUACUGGAUAUAAAGACCACGUUCAACAAUUGGGGCCAGUUGUCCGAAAGUUAACAGAUCUUGAAUUACAGUCACAAUCUUUAUUCUUGAAACGUUUAAAAUUUUAAGCAUAUAUUAAUCAUGUAUACAUUCAACAUUAUUUAAUCAACAUAAGUGUUUGCAAAAAGCACUUAUGAUUACUUAAAAGCAAUGCGGGCGUUAUUACUAUAGUCAAACACACCUUCAUGGAAUUCAUAAAUUAAAUAUUAAAUUAAAAAAGGCUUAA